AGAGGCCAGGAUAUUCCUGAAUGAACGGCUCCUUCCUCACCCCACACCUCUGCCCGGCGCCCGCCUCCCUCCCGCCACUCGCCGGUGUCGCUUCGAGGCGCAGCCAGUUUCUAUAGCGACGGCGCUGGUCCGCGGCUCUUCCGAGUAGUAACAAAGCCGGCUGCCCGCCGCCGGGCCGGGGCGGAGCGGGGGACGAGGCUCCCUCUCCCGAAGACACUCCGCCCGCCUGCGGCGCCCCGGACAGUUUUUGCCCAUGUGGAGAAUAGGCAUUUCUUGUGUACCCUGCACGCGAACCUCUGCAUGAAGUUCUUUUCCUUGGAAUGAUGUUGAGAGAGAGAAUGGAAAAUUCUUAAAGCACAGUAGGAACAAGAGGUCCAUAAAAGAGACUUUACUGUACCUGAUGUUUGGCAGAAAAAAUGUAUUGACAGAAGGAGCACAUUGCUUAAAAGAGAGAACUUCCUGCCUUGUUCUCAAAAGAAGGACAAAGAUCUGAAUGCUAGGAGUGAGUAAAAGCUUCCCAAGAAAAAGAUGGAUGCCUGUCUCAGAGUAAAGGACAUGCAGUGCACAGUCUCCAGCAGAAGCUGAAAAUGGAUGACACCUACUGAUGCUUUUUGACAAUGUUGUCUCUUUCCCUGUUUGCGAUGGGUGAUACAAUCGUCUGGAAAAAGUUCUAAAAUAAGCCCGAGUGACCUCUUCAUCCCUUGACUCCUCUUUCCACAAGUCUAAAACCGUCAGAAGAAAUGACCAGUCAACUACCAGAGGAGUCUGUGGAGACCCAGAGCUCAGAUGAGCUUGAGUGCAAGAUCUGUUACAACCGUUAUAACCUGCGACAGAGAAAACCCAAAGUGCUGGAGUGUUGUCACAGAGUAUGUGCCAAAUGCCUUUGCAAGAUCAUAGACUUUGGUGAUUCCCCACAAGGAGUCAUAGUAUGCCCGUUCUGCAGGUUUGAAACAUGCCUGCCAGACGAUGAGGUUAGUAGUCUUCCUGAUGACAACAACAUCCUUCUGAAUUUAGCUUGUGGGGGAAAGGGAAAGAAGUGCCUACCAGACAACCCAACAGAACUGUUGCUGACUCCCAAAAGGUUGGCGUCUCUGGUUAGCCCUUCUCACACCUCUUCUAACUGCCUGGUUAUAACAAUCAUGGAAGUACAAAGAGAAAGUCCCCAGACUCUGAACUCAACCCCUGUGGUGGAAUUUUACAGGCCUACGAGUUUUGACUCUGUUGCAACUGUAUCCCACAACUGGACAGUGUGGAACUGCACAUCUUUGCUCUUCCAGACCUCAAUUCGGGUGCUAGUGUGGUUGCUAGGGUUGCUGUACUUCAGUUCCUUGCCUUUAGGGAUUUAUUUACUGGUAUCUAAGAAAGUCACCCUUGGGGUUGUCUUUGUAAGCCUUGUUCCUUCGAGCCUUGUUAUUCUCAUGGUUUAUGGCUUUUGCCAGUGUGUCUGCCAUGAAGUUCUAGACUGCAUGUCGUCUUGAUAACAAAUACAGUAAAAUAAGAUGUUUUGCCACCCAUGAAGCAUAGUUGAUUUAUCCUGUCUUUGUAUUCUUAUUUAUUUUUGUUGUUGUCCAUCCCACUAAAUAGAAGCAGUGGCCCUAGUUAUAUCAUCCUUUUUUUCUACUUGAUUUUAUUCCCCCCCCCAUCCUUUUUUGAAGUUAAAUAAUAGAAAUAAGAUUUAAAUGCUGAAUUUAAAAGGCUGAGUUGUAGAAAGGGACAAAGCAGAAUUGCCAGACUUGGUGCCUGCUGCUGUCGCUGCUAUUUAAAUGAGUAGCCCUUUGUUUUCUAUUGGCUUGAUCGUGUCAGUCAAGGCUUCAGGAUCCACCCUCGAAGAAAUUAGUAUAACAGGCACCUUCCAGGUCAAAGUACGGCAUCUCUUCAUCCAAAGCAUCUCAUGCUUUGGAAUAUCUGUUAUUUACCAUUCAUUAUCAUUUAUAGCAAAUGAAAUCACUAUGUUAAUUAGUAUUAUAAGAAGAAUAAGACAAGCUGCCACUGCUUUUUUCAGUUCUUGUUAUAGCAAAAAUUUUCAUGGGAGGCCAAUGGUUACAGAUUUUUUGCGUUCUGUGACACAAGGAAUCUUUUUUUCACCAUGCUGAAAACAUGUCUCUGAAACACUUUCCCCAAGCAGAAUCCCACUUUACUUGUCAUGUAGUUGCAGCUCCCCCUGAGAUACUCCUGCUAAUGAGUACUUUCAGGGACCCAGCCACACAUUCGCACUUCUCUACGUGCACUUAUUUCAGUGUGCAUACACCUUAGGCUUCCCCUUGAGGGUUCAGAGCUCUGCAGACUUCUCUAGUAUCUUCUGUUACGCUUACCCUCCUUCCCAGUGUUUCUGCCAGUACACCACGUUUCCAACCCAUUAGUCCACCUGACAAAUUGCCUGACCAACUUCAUGCACAUCUACCCUGUGGUAGCUGCACUGGAGAAUUUGGCUUAUGUGACUUUAGCUAUCAAGAUAGACUUUUAUUCCCAGCCAUUAUGAAAUGGACCUUCAAUCACUAAUACAAAUUUCAGAAAAAAUCUGAAACAGUUAAAUGAGUGGGGUUUUUUUUGCUUUCUGAGUUCACAGAGUGAGCAUUGUGAGGAGGUACUACGGCUUUGGGAAGGUGUCUGUUUAAUGCAUCCUUCAAAAUAUUUUAAUACCCCGAAUGCCCUCUGUCACCAUUAUGAUUUGAUGGUACUCUAGACGUGGCAAUUAGCAUGUCUUGAUUAGUUAAGUUCAGAGGAAUUACUGAUGCUUUACCAUUCCACAAAUAGAAUCAGGCCCUGUAAGGCUUGCUUGCGUGUUGCAUGGUUUAGGCUAUUUGAACUACUGGAAGAGCACAAAAAUAAGAAAUAUUUAAUGUUUUUGUGUAUAACUAGGUCUAGUCAACACCACAGCUGCAAACUCUUUUUCCUGUGCACAGCAGGGUAAAAACUGAGAAGGAGGAGUUGGGCAGUGCAAGCAUGUUUUUUGGGUCAGGCACAAGAUUAAGUAAUUUCAAGGCAGUGUAAGAGGGAGAGGGGUUUGUUGCGUGAAGACCAAAUGUAUGGCCUAACAAUAUAUUUUGAGAGCAAACUGACUUCAGUAAGAAUCAAAAAUGCCGAUGGGAAAAGCAGAGCGUAAGUGGUUGUUGUGUCUGUCAAGAGGAUUUGAAGUCAAGAUGGUCCAAUUUUUGUAGAUGGCACAGGUGGUAUCUACAGUUUCAUUCCUAUUGCAAACAUAGGGAAAAAUGUGGAAAUGUAAAGGUCCUGCUUUUCUUUACACUCGUUUUAUAAUAGUGCAUAUGUAUGUGUGUGUAUGUACAUAUAGACACAUGUAAGAAGAAAACUUAUAGCAAAAUUAUAGUUUUCAAGUGUAUGGAGUUAUGAAGCUAUGUACUGAAUGAUUAAAGGAAAUGUUUCAGACUUUUCUGUAAUGACUUGAUAAGAAUUAUAACUAAAAUAUUUUCAGAAUUCCUAGAAAUUACUAUUCCUAAGUAAAUGUUUUUAAUGUUUGUGGUAAAGCACAUAUAGUUAGAAGAGGUAUCGUCUCCAGUUCUGGUAUACUGCAAGGUUUGACUCAUUUAUGAACUCAUAAAUUUUACGUAUCCAACAACAAUCAUGUCAAAAAGCAAGAAAAAAUAGACACCUAUGUGGUUUUAUAGUACUUCAUAACUUUGGGGAAAGACCUAUUUGUAGUGUUAGGAAUUUAUAUGUUUUAGGAUUUGUUCAACUUGUCUGUAUAUAGUGUCUGUAAUAAAGGGCUGGCUAAUAGAGGAAGUAGGUUUUGCAAAUGUGUGAUAUAUAUGUAUUACCUCUGCACAACAUGUCUACAGUGCUACCUGUUGUCUUUUACUUUUGAUUUUCAGUUGAUUAAGAUUAUCUUAGCUCCA